AUGUCAGGUAAAGUGGAGGACAUUUUAAUGCUCUUAGCAGCUGGGGAAUUUUCACUGGGGAUUUUAGGGAAUGCAUUCAUUGGAUUGGUAAACUUCAUGGACUGGAUCAAGAAUAGAAAGAUCUGUUCCAUUGAUUUAAUCCUCACAAGUCUGGCCAUAUCCAGAAUCUCUCUAUUAUGUAUAAUACUAUUAGACUGUCUAAUAUUGGUGCUGCAUCCAGAUGUCUAUGCUGCUGGUAAACAAAUGAGAAUUAUCGACUACUUAUGGACACUAACCAACCAUUUAAUUGUCUGGUUUGCCACCUGCCUCAGCAUUUUCUAUUUCCUGAAGAUAGCUAAUUUCAUCCAUCCCCUCUUCCUCUGGAUGAGGUGGAGAAUUGACAGUGCAAUUCCAAGGAUCCUGCUAGGGUGUUUGGCCCUCUCUGUGUUUAUUAGCCUUCCUGUCACUAGGAAUUUGGAUGAUGAUUUCAGACGUUGUGUCAAGAUAAAGGUGAAAAUGAACUUGACUUUGAGGUGCAGAGUAAAUAAAGCUCAAUAUGCUUCCAUCAAGAUAUAUCUCAACCUGUUGACACUGCUCCCCUUUUCUGUGUCCCUGAUCUCAUUUCUGCUCUUGAUUCUCUCCCUGUGGAGACACACCAGGCGGAUGCAAUUCAAUGCCACAGGGUACAGAGACGCCAGCAUCGAAGCCCAUGUGAAAGCCAUGAGGGCUGUCACCUCCUUCCUCCUCCUUUUCAUUGCCUACUACUUGGCCUAUCUUGUAGCCACCUCCAGCUACUUUAUGCCAGAGACUGAAUUAGCUGUGAUAGUUGGGGAGUUGAUAGCUCUAAUCUGUCCCUCAAUCCAUUCAGUUAUCCUAAUUCUAGAAAACAAGAAAUUAAGGAAAGCAUGCCUAAAGGUUCUAUGGAAAGUAAAGUAUAUCCUACAAAGAAGGAAUUGCUAA